AAGAGAGGUUGACGGUCAGAAACUAGAGGAGCGGUGGGGUUUCUGACCGUGAGGAUGUUGGUUUUUAGUAGUUGGUUUUAAAUUUAGUAAUGUUAUUUUUGUCUUUAUCGCUGUAGUGAGACGUCGCACGUCUUUAGCUUUUUCAUUUCUUUUUUUUCAUUCUUUUUAGUUGAUUUUAAACUGUACCGGAGUGUGGCGAUGAGCUUUGUCUUCCUACUGAAAGUCAUUUAAUGGCACGCCAACUUCUUUUUCAUGAUUAAAUCUUUUUUUGCUUGCUAAUUCGUGUUCUUUUUGCUUGCUCGCAUCAGUUGCUUUUGGAAAGCUGCUUGCAAACGGAUUGCUUUGUUCCUUCUCGGACUACGGCGAUACUGUUUGUAUUGGCGUUCGCGCCAUUAAGAAGAUGGAGGUGAACCCUUUGGUAUCCGCUUGUUCCUCUCUAGCCCCUGCAGCCGAUGACAGCAGGCCCUGCACUCUCCCUGGGCUUUCUUCAUCGUUGCAGCUGGGAAGCUGUCGCCGCGCUCCUCCAUGCAUGCGUGCGCUGUACUCUCCCGAGCGCCAGGCCGUGUUGUCGCCUAUCACCAACUUGGCUCACGGACUGAACAACCUGGAUGUACUUGGCAGUGACACUCCAAAACGAAGACCCCACACACUAAACAAAGUGCCAUCUUUUGCUUCAGACACUUCGGAUGCAGGUCUUUGCAUGGAUUCUCCAAGCCCCGUAGAUUCAACAAUAUUUGAUGAACUAUAUGACAAUGUUCCAGUAAUAAAAGACACCAAAGUACCUUUCAGAAGAAUAAAGUCUUUACCGAUGAGUCUUCUUGGCUCAAGUCCUUCCUUUAAACCUAGAGAUCAUGAAGCUGAAUCCUUUGUAUCUGAAUGUCCAAGUAGAGUGGAAUCUGAUAAAGAGAACUUGAAUGCAGGGUUUGAGUUCAAGAAACCCACACGGCCUAUUUCCCGCACCAGACUUCAUACCAUCCAUGGAAGUGAUGGGAAGGAAGCCUUUGCCAAUCGGCCAAAUUCUGCACCUGCACUCAUGUUCUCGCCAUCACCAGAGUGGGCACAUCCAGAAAAUGAGAGUCCGAUUUCAUUACGUCGUAGUUCAUUUACCUGCUCUAUUAAUGAUGAGGACGAUGAUGGAUUCCUUGAAAUUCUAGAUGAUGAAAUAGAGAAUGAUGCAGAUGUACCUACUGGGAUGGCUAGCCUACUGACUGCUCCACUAGUCCGCAAGAAGGAGGAAGUGGAUAAUCAGCCUAUAAUUCGUGGUCAACCCCGAGGCCUUUUCAGAACUCCAUCUCUUCCGUGCUCCAUAACAAGACCGGCACUGAAGAGGCCAGAGCGGCCCCAUGAUGAGAAUAGUCCACUGAAGUUGAAGAGGAGGAAGAGUAUUGCUGGUGCAGUGGUAGUAAAUGAUGACUUUGAAGAGCAGGAACUAAUGAAGUGUCGUUUUGCCCAGAGAUCAAAGUCCUUCUGUGAUGCAGACAUUGGGAAGUUGAUAGAGAAUGAUACUCCAGAACUCAUUGGCGAUUUUUCCAAGCCUUUUAUUUUGCCUACCGUAGAAGGUAAACAUCAGGACCUUAAAUACAUUACUCCUGAAAUGAUGGUGGCAGUGCUUAAUGGGGAGUUCUCUCAUCUUGUUGAGCAAUUUGUGAUUAUAGACUGCCGUUACCCAUAUGAGUUUGAUGGGGGACACAUAAAGGGUGCACUGAACCUGCACAUGGAGGUUGAAGUGGAGGAUUAUCUGCUAAAACGUCCCAUCACACCCUCCUCUCUAGAUAAGCGGGUGUUGAUUAUCUUUCACUGCGAGUUCUCAUCAGAGAGAGGGCCACGUAUGUGUCGCUUCAUCAGAACAAGAGAUCGAAUGCUCAACAAGUAUCCCAACCUGCAUUAUCCAGAACUAUAUAUCCUUAAAGGAGGAUACAGAGAAUUUUUUCCUAAAUUUCAGACAAAGUGUGAACCACAAGACUACAGGCCCAUGCACCACGUGGACUUCAAAGAAGAUCUGAGGAAGUUCCGCAUGAAGAGCCGCACAUGGGCGGGAGAAAAGAGCAAGAGAGAUUUAUAUAGUCGUCUUAAGAUGUUGUAAGAGCAGCUAUGGAUUGCAGGAAGAGGACGACUUCUAGUUUUCCACAUUAAGUUAAAGGCAGUUCAAUCAUUUUCACACAACUGGGGUUGGACAACUACUCCUCCUUUUGGAAUGAAAAGCAAAUUCUUUUUUUUUUUUUUUCUCCAGGGUUUGGUUUUAAAUUUUACCCCAACGCAAACACCGUACUGUUAAGCAUUCAAAGCAGUUUCUUCUAGGUUGGUUUGUUUGAAUUGGUGAACAAUUGGGAGUUUUCUUUUUGCAGAGUUUUGGUCUCUGUCACUGCCAACUGUAACCUGACAGCUUCCUUUAAACAGAAGCACAGAAAAAGUAAUGAAGCUACAGCCGCAGGAGAUCUUGCUGUUUUGACUAAAUAUCCACUGUAUAAACUACAAACACAACUCCGAACAAUGGAGCUGCCUCUUCCAUCACAAGUUGAUGCUGCCAUUCAAGCACUUGUCCGAGUGAGUUGUGUGAGUGUGUGUUUUUAAGUUUUAAUUUUUUUUUUUUGGCAGUGAAUGGAAUUAUUUAAAAUGCUACUGUCUGGGGUUGUGCAGGUGGCAUUUCUAUUAGGCGUAAUUUUCUUCCCAGUUUAACCCAGCAUAGCCCAUUGGAUAGUGAACAUGCAAGACUGCACAAUUGUCAAUUUUAAUUUUGUGUGCACAAAGCUCAAUUAAGGCAUAUUGCUAAAGAAGCCAAAAUCCAUCAUGCUGUUUUUGUGUGUGGGUUUU